AUGCAGUACUAUGGUGAUAUUUUCAAGAAGUCACCAAUUCCAGAUCCAAAGAGUGUUUCUAUGCAGCGUGUUUCAGCUUUAUCUGAUUAUGGUGGUUUAUGGAUGGUUGAUACUAUCCGUCAAAUAGUCCACAUUGCCAUAGUUGCAGAACUCAGCUCAAAUCCCGAUGACUCAAAGUAUGGGGAGUAUCUUGACAUGUCAAUUUAUAAUCAGGAGAUUGGUAUUGACUCAUUCCGAAAAGCAACUGCAAAAUUAUUUUUCACUCAAGUCUAUCCUCCUGCAAAUUGUUCAGAAGACACAAAAGGAGUUUAUGUUGUACACCAGAAUCGAUUUGAUGCACUACUGAAUUUCCUACAAAGUUGCACUACUCAACAAAUUGAUAUGGCUAAGUCCAGUGACAAGAAAUUGUAUCCAGGACAAACAGUUGAUGUUACUACCUUUGUACAUCUCCAUGAUCUAGGACAUUAUGGUAUACGUGGAAAAACUAUGAAUAUUUUUCGUAAUGUUCCAUCGAAGAAAAACAGGGCAUCAUCAAUGAUAAAUAUACGUGGGAAAUUGCCUGAUCCACGAGUUCUUCGUUCAUCUGAGAAAGAGAAAAAUCUUCAAGCAUUAGAAGUAUUAAAACCAGUUCAUGAGGUCAAUAUUGGAGACAGAUCACUUGGUCAUUGGCCAGAUUCUGAAGGAUUUAUCCGAUCCUUGGCAGAGAAACAUGACCUAUCUGGUGUUCAAAUUCAUAUUCCUCCUAUCUAUGAUGCACAAGGAUCAUUGGUUCACCCCAUGGAUUAUAGUGAUGUGUUCAUUCCAGGUUGUAUUGUUAAAGUAGUUCUAGGUUUUCAUUUGUGGGAUAUAACAAGAGCUAAUAAUGGGAGAGCAAUUCCAAAGCCUGCAAGGAUAUUUUCAAACAUUAUCCAGAGUCUGCACAUAUUACCCCAAGAUGAAGAUGAUGUCAGGUUAAUGCUUCAUGGUGAAGCAGUUGAAAGAGUCCGGUACCUGGAUCAACAAAAGAAUGAAAAACUUCUUGCAGAACGUGCACGUGAACUUGCCAGACAGGAGGAAGUCCUUCGCAUUGAACAAAGUAUGAUUAAAGCAAAAACAGUAGCAGAUGCAAAAAAAAAGAGAUUGGAGGAACUUCGAACUCAGACAACUGGGAGUUAUAUGAAAGCAGUGGGUGAUCUGGAUUAUGGACAAGGCAUAAAGCGAAAGCAAUCAGAUGACUCUUCUGUUGAAGCAAAUGAUACAAAACGUAUUCAGGUUGAUGUGAACAGCAAUGAAAGACCCAGCAAAACCAAAAAUGUAGAGAUUGAUGGUGAUAGUACCAAACCUUAG